AAUUAAUUAAUAUUAUGCAAUAUGUACAUGUACACAAACAUGUCUUCGUUUAGGUUCAGGUUAUCUUUUAUUGGGAUAUUUUCAAGUGUCAAUAUAAGGAACAGCUCCAGAGUUUCAAGUCGAUUAUUCUGCAGUGAAGCAAAGUCAAAUGAUGGUUCAUCUCCUGGAAUAGACCGUAAACUAAUUCUUGACUCGUCAUUGCAGUUUGUUUCUCAGUAUGGGUGGAGUGUAAAGGCACUUGAGUCUGGAGCCAAAGCUGUUGAUUUCCCUGGAGUGGCUCACGGGUUGUUCCCAUCAGGCGGUAUUGAACUAAUUGAACACUUUGAAUUUGAUUGUAAUGCAAGAUUAAUAAAAUACCUUGAGGAUAUGACAACAAGAGAUAAUGAACCUUUAAAAGGUGGUCGUCUAGUUCAGUCAGCUGUUGAGGAGAGAUUGCAAAUGUUAAUACCUUACAUUGAUAAAUGGCCUGAGGCGCUCUCAAUUAAAGCCUAUCCCAGUAAUGCAGUAGGAUCCUUAGAGAGAGCCAGUCAGAUGUUUGAUGACAUAUGGUAUUACGCUGGUGACAGAUCAACUGAUUUUAACUGGUACACUAAGAGGGGGAUACUAGCAGCUGUCUAUUGUACUACAGAGCUCUAUAUGAUUCAAGACAAGUCAGUAAAUUUUCAGGAUACUUGGGAUUUCCUGAGACGACGUUUUCAAGAUACACGCACGUUUACAGAGUGUCGUCAACAGGCAGAAGGUAUUGUGGGUGGAGCUUAUGAGUUUGGAUCAGCUGCCAUCACUACAGUUAUGAAUUUAGUUGGCUUUGGUUCACGAAACAGAUAAUAAUAAAACUAACAUCAUUCAUUUCAAAAUAACUGUUUUACAGUGCAUAUAGACAAUGAUCUACUACUGUUGUUUAAUAAUAAUAAUCAUAAUAAUCAUAAUGUUUGUGAUAAGUUCAAUAGAGUAUAUUUUGGUGAAA